GCCGCGCCGCGCCUCUUCGCACCGCACCGCACCGCACCGCACCGCACCACGUGAGAGCAGCAUCCCGCACGGCGCUCCAGGGUCCAGCGACAUGGCCAACGCUCUCCUGCAGGGGGUCGAGAUCUCGGCCUCUCAGUUCCUGGAUAUCUUUAACCACUACGACAACGACGGCAACGGAUACAUCGAAGGGAAGGAGUUGCAGAACUUCAUUAAAGAACUCCAACAAGCCCGAAAGCAGGCGGGACUGGAGCUCACAGACCAAAUGAAGGCGUUCGUGGCGGAGUACGAGAAAAACACCGAGGGCAAGAUAGGAAUUGUGGAGCUUGUACAGAUCUUACCCACGGAGGAAAACUUCCUGCUAUUUUUCCGGCAACAGUUGAAAUCCUGCGCAGAGUUCAUGCAGGCCUGGAGAAAUUACGAUGCCGACCACAGCGGCUACAUUGAAGCCGACGAACUGAAGAACUUCUUGAGAGAUCUGCUGAGGGAGGCGAAGAAGCCGUACGACGAGAAAAAGCUGGAGGAAUACACGCAAACCACGCUCAAAAUAUUCGACUCCAACAACGACGGGAAGCUGUGCCUGCUGGAGAUGGCGAGGCUGCUGCCAGAUCAGGAGAACUUCUUGCUCAAGUUCCAGGGGGUCAAAAUGCCAAGGAAAGAGUUCAACAAGAUUUUCGAGUUAUACGAUAAGGACGGCAACGGCUACAUGGACGAGAACGAACUGGACGCUUUGCUCAAGGACCUCUGCGAAAAGAACAAGAAGGUGCUCGACUCCAACAAGAUCCCCACGUAUAAGACGGCCAUCAUGGCCCUGUCCGACGGGGGGAAGCUCUACAGGACGGAACUGGCGCUGGUCCUCUGUGCCGACAACUGAGGGCCCCCGCUCCCCCACCCCACCCCCAGCCCCCCUCCCCCACUUGCGGUGUGCGUACGGAUAGCUAGAAACUCCGAGGACGUAGGGUGCACUUUACUUUGUUUUUCUUUCGAGGCGUGCGGCGUUUUGGGGCGACGGCGUCGCGGGUGCGAUUCCCCGAAUGACGGCCCGUACCUUUCAACCUGUUCUUUCUAUACUGUUUGUAAUGUACAGCUUUUGUAAUGACGAGAUUGAUACAAUAAAACGGACCUGCACUUUGAUCUCUAUAUUAUAUAUUCCCCGACGCGGCACCCCGACCCCCCCCCCCCCGACCCACCCACCCCCGGAGACACGCGGAGGCGUGUUCCCGAAUACCGCACAACUAACGCGACGUCACCAGUAAAAAUCAAACGUAUAUCCUUCCUGACAACGUUGUAGCCAAAGCAAUAAACGUCUGUAAAGGCCAACGGAGCGUGAAGUGAAGCGAAUUAAUUAAUUGAAGGAACAACGUGAUUAAUGUAUAAGCAACUAUUAACAGUAGCUACACUUUUACUUUUGCAAUGCAUGUUUAUUGCCGAAGGCUGUCCUUCCACCGAGAUGAUAUUAACAAUAAGCACAUACCCCAAGUGUAUCUCUUACAUGUACCCCCACCCCCACCUGACCCCCCCCCAAUAGGACAACAAGUACAUCGGGAGUUUCUGCUCUUAUAUCCCAUUUUUGCACUGUAAGGAAUGACGUGCUUCACUAUGCUGAACACCAGACACUGUGUAACCUGAAAUUAAACGUAUAAAA